AUGAAGAUCUGUUCGAAUCGGCCCUCCUCACGAAGGAGCAUCCAAUUUCCCAGCCACUUUGGAAGCAGUCUCAGGAUGAGAUUAAUAAAAGAGAGGCAGCUGACUGCAUUGCCUCCAUGGAGAGAUUCUGACAGAUAUCCCAAAGACACACUACGCUUUAACUACCUGGACAACCUGGACCCUAUCCAACAAGUCCUGAAACUAAUUAAAUGUGGACUCUUAAAUAUUAGAUUGCUCCAAUCCAAAGCCGUAUUAGUAAAUUAUCUAAUAUCACAGCAUUAUAUUGAUAUAUUUAGUCUCACUGAAAUCUGGUUGUCUGAUGAAUAUGUUAACCUAAAUUAAGCCACUCCCCCCAGUAAUAUUAAUACUCACAUUCCUCGAGGCACCAGCCAAGGAGGUGGAGUUGCAGCCAUUUUCAACUCAAGCCUAAUAAUCAACCCUAAACCUAAACUCAAUUAUAACUAAUUCGAUGGUCUAAGUCUUACACAUCCAUCAUGGACAACUUUAAAGCCUGUUCUAUUUGUCAUAAUGUACCGCGCUCCAAGCCUAUACUCGGAAUUUCUAUCUGAAUUCUCUGAGUUUUUAUCAAGUUUAGACCUUAGUACAGAUAAAGUUAUUAUAGUAGGGGAUUUCAAUAUUCACAUGGAUGUUGAUAAUGAUAGCCUUAGAACUGCAAUUCUCUCAUUGUUAGAGUCAAUUGGCUUUGCUCAGAGUUCAAAUAAACCCACUCACUGUUUUAACCACACCCUGGACCUCGUUCUGACUUAUGGCAUGGAAAUUGAACAUUUAAUAGUCUUUCCACAGAAUCUUCUUUUAUCAGACCACUAUUUAUUUACUUUUGAAUUCCUGUUACUGGACUACACACUAUUAGGCAGAAAUGUCUUUUCUAGAUGUCUAUCUGAUAAUGCUGUGCUAAAGGAACUGAUUCCAUCAGCACUUAAUUCACCGCCAUGUUACAAUAUAACCGAGGACUCCUAUGCUAACUUUAGUCCCUCCCAAAUUGACCAUCUUAUUGAUAGUGCUGCAGGCUCAAUGAGAAUGACACUCGACUCUAGCCCUCUAAAAAAGAAGAUAAUAAAACAAAGCAGGUUAGCUCCAUGGUUUAACUCCCAAACUUGUAUAUUAAAGCAAGCAACGCAAAAACUUGAAAGGAUAUGGCAUUCUACUAAACUGGAAGAAUCCUGCUUAGCCUGGCAUGAUAGUCUUAAAAGAUAUAGGAAGGCCCUCUGUAAUGCCAGAGCAGCCUAUUACUCAUCUCUAAUAGAGGAAAAUAAAAACAACCCUCGGUUUCUUUUCAGCACUGUAGCAAGGCUGACAGAGCGUCAUAGCUCUAUUGAUCCAUGUAUUCCUAUAGCUCGCAGUAGUGACGAUUUCAUGAGCUUUUUUAAUGAUAAAAUUCUAACUAUUAGAGACAAAAUUCACCACCUCCUGCCCUCAAACGGCACAGACUUAUCUUCAAACACAGGCACCUUAGAAACAGCUGUGCAACCUGAUGUAUACUUAGACAGUUUCUCUCCCAUUGACCUUCGCCAUCUAACUUCAAUAAUGUCUUCAUCUAAACCAUUAACUUGUCUCUUAGUCCCCAUCCCAUGUAGGCUACUUAAGGAAGUUUUACCCUUACGUAGCACCUUGUUGCUAGAUAUAAUCAAGUCUUUAUUAACAGGCUAUGUACUGCAGUCCUUUAAAACAGCUCUAAUUAAACCUCUUCUUAAAAAGCCAACUCUUGAUCAAUAUGUUUUUAUCCAACUAUAGACCCGUAUAUAUAACCUUCCCUUUCUAUCUAAUAUCCUUGAGAAAUCUGUCGCUGACCAGUUGUGUGACUUAGUCAGUUUGUUUGAGGAUUUCCAAUCAGGAUUUAGAGUGCAUCAUAGCACAGAGACGGCACCGGUGAAAGUUACAAAUGACCUUCUUACUGCAUCGGACAAAGGACUUGUCUCUGUACUUGUCUUGUUAGACCUUAGUGCUGCAUUUGAUACCAUUGACCAUCAUAUCCUAUUACAGAGACUGAAGCAUUUAAUUGGGAUUAAAGGAACCGUUCUAAGCUGGUUUAGGUCCUAUUCAGAUCGAUUUCAGUUUGUGCAUGUUAACGAUAAAUCCUCCAUAUACUCAAAAGUUGGUCACGGAGUUCGACAAGGUUCUGUGCAUGGACCAGUUCUAUUCAACUUAUAUAUGCUUCCUUUAGGCAAUAUUAUUGGGAAACAGUCAAACGUCCACUGUUAUGCUGAUGAUACCCAAUUGUAUUUCACAGUGAAGCCUGGUGAAUCCAAUCAGUUAGCUAAACUUCAAGCAUACCUUAAGGACAUAAAGAGAUGGAUGACCAGUGACUUUCUGCUGUUAAACCCAGACAAAACUGAAGUUAUUCUGCUUGGCCCCGAACACCUCAGAAAGACUCACACAUAA